AUGGAACCCAACAGCACCUUGGAGGAGGGCUAUAGGGUAACCAUUAACAAAAGGGAGGCCAACAUACUACUUGAGUCACCCAGAAAAAGGCUGAGGGGUGCCUGCGAACCCACUGAGGUAACAGUGGAGGAUGUAGCAGCAAAGGGCAGCAAGAGAAAGGCCAGCGCCGAAACAGAGACACCCAGUAAGAAGCAGAGGGGUGGACCCAACGUUACUGACACCAUCACCAACACCAGUGAACCCACCACGGUGUCAGUGGUGAAUGUCAGGGCGAAUAAGAAUAAGAAGGAGGACACUGACUUUGAGGCCAAAUACCUCGAGUUUGACAUUCUUGGUGAGGGAGGCUUUGGAUCCGUUUAUGCUGGUAACAGAAAAAAGGAUAAUUUACCAGUGGCGAUCAAACACAUCCCCAAAGUAGAUGUGGAGUGUCGACCAGUGGUCUUAAAGGGGAAGAUAUACAGGAUCCCCAUGGAAGUGUUCCUCAUGCUGCAAGUGGGAGCUGGACCAUCGUCGGCGGGAAAAUCUGCAGCCGUGUCAUUAUUAGACUGGUAUGAUCUGGAUGAGGAGGUUCUUCUGGUCAUGGAGAGACCAGUCUCCUCUGUCGACCUGUUGACCUACAUGGAUGACAAUGAUGGUCCACUUGAUGAGGACACGGCUAAGGUACUGAUGCUUCAGCUAGUGGAGGCAGCCAUUAACAUGCACUCUAAAGGGGUCUUCCAUCGUGACAUCAAGUCAGAAAACAUUCUCAUUGAAACUGGCUCCAAUGUCCCUCGAGUGCGGAUCAUAGACUUUGGAUGUGGCUGCAUUGUAAAAAAGAGGCCUUACCGCUGCUUCUCUGGAACCCCUGCGUACGGCCCUCCAGAGUUCCAAAUAUCUGGGUCGUACGAAGCUGGCCCCACCACAGUCUGGCAGCUGGGUGCGCUGCUUUAUGAGAUGCUGGAUGGAUACAAAAGAUUUAAUACCUCCAAGUUCAUCCGCAAGAAAAUCAAAUUCAACAGUGAAAUGUCCAGAGACUGCCGGGGUUUGUUGAGGAUGUGUUUGGCGCUAAACCCUACGGAGCGUGCCACUCUGGAGCAGAUGCAGCUGCACCCCUGGUUCACAUGAGCCUGCAAAACCCACGAC